UAUAACUUCUACAGUCAUGUAGUUAUGUACAGGGAGAUAUUCAAGAAAUACUCAAGUACCUCAAAACAGUACUUUGGUGAAUGUACUUAGUUACUUUCCAUCGCUUGUAUAGCUAACAUGUAACGGUGUCGCGCGCCACAGAAGCACCCGGCCGAGCUUUCAGCGAGCACGAGCGCUCUUGGGUUUUUGACGUGCACGCGGGAUUAGGCUACUCACAGCCGGGGCCGGUGAGAGUGAGGACAGGACAGCGGGACAACGAGCGCAUCCUUCCGUCCAUUGGUCCGCUUCAAACUGUCGAAAAAAAAAUGUCUGCGAUGAGUCCGUACCGAGAAACCAGGAGCUGACGGCUGCUCGAAACCUCGAGCGUUGGAUGUUAAGUUUGAAAGUUUUCCUUUCCCUGCGAGGAUAAAGCACCGAGAGGGACAGGUGUCCUCGCGUCACCAGCGCGUAUCCCCUCUCCAUCCCAGCGCGAGACUGUAGCGCGACCGGGGGCUAGGACUUUUAACUUUUUUAUUUUUGUUACAAAGCUGGACUUUUCUGAGCCAUUAUGUUGUGGACAAGGUGGCUCGUCCUGCUGCUCUGCUGGGGGUCCACGAGCGGCGAGCAGCAGGCGGAUGAGGCGCGCGUGGAGUCCCGCGUGGACUCCCGCAGACAGCGGUCCCCUCCACCGGUAGAACCGCUAGAUUUUGGGUUUGUACCGGCGGCGGUUUAUGAUACCCACGCUUACUACGAACCAGGGGCCGUGGGGAUCCUCUUCCACGUUGUCCACGCGUUUCUCUAUGUUAUUCAACCGAACUCCUUUCCUAAAGAUCUGAUUAUUAAAGUCAUUCAACAAAACAUGGGAGGAAUCAAAAUAGAAGAAUGGAGAAAGCCAGAAAAUGUGGUCCUGUUACUACAGAUGAUCCACUACGAAGUCGGAUUCCUCAUAUGUGCGACCAUCGGUGUCACCUUUUUGAUCCUCACCCCCAUCAUCGGCAUGUGUUUCUGUGUGUGUCGAUGCUGUGAGAACUGCGGAGGGGAGAUGCACCAGAGACAGAGAAAGAACAUCGACUGCCAGAGAGGUUUCUACACCGCGUCGCUCAUCGCCACCUCCAUCUUCAUUGUUCUGGGAGUGCUCAUUGCCUAUGCUGCCAACCAUAAUGUCAGCACACAGAUUAAGAGCACACGGCGGCUCAUCAACACCAACAUGAGAGACCUGAAGACGUUUGCUAACAACACACCUGCUCAAAUUGAUUACCUGACAGCCCAGUACACCACAGCAAAGAACAAAGUCCUAUCAGACCUGGACAACAUUGGACCUUUGCUGGGUGGGAGGAUCCACAGUCAGCUGGAGAAAGAGGUGGUUCCCUCACUGGACACUGCGCUGCGUAUGGCAGGAGCAAAAGUUGAGAAUGCCAUCAAAGCCAUGCGGGAGACCAAAGAGGCCCUAGAGAAUGUCAACUCCUCCCUGGAGGUUCUCCAGGAGGGGACGGGGAUGCUUCAGGCCAGUCUGUCGGGGGAGCGUGCCUCUCUGUCCAACACCUUGUCAGACCCUGCCUGCACUAAUGGAGCUGUGUCUCACACCUGUAACACCAUCCGCUCCACGCUGUCACAGCUGGGAAUCAACGCUGACUUCUCCACGCUGCCAGACGUCACUCGUGCCUUGGAAAAUGUCAAAACAGUCCUGAAAACGGACCUCAGCAACAUUGUACAAAAGGGUUACUCAUCCUUUAAUGAUACACCAAAUCUGGUUAAAGAACAAACUAAAAACAUUGUCUCAGCUCUUCCUCGAGUGAAAGGUAUGCUGGAUAAGAUUGGCAUAGAGAUCAACAGCUUUUCAAAGAUGUUCCCAGUGGAACCUUCUCUGGUCAAUUUCACCAUUUUCCUCAGCGAUGGACAGAAAACGAUAGAGUCCUAUUACCCACAGAUUGACCAAAUGGACUUCUACAGGUGGGUCGGCUGUGUGGCAGUGCUCUGCAUGGUCGUCCUGGUCCUGGCCUUCAACUUCCUGGGGCUGCUGUGUGGCACCUGUGGCUACGAUAAGCAAGCUACACCAACAACACGAGGCUGCCUGUCGAACACCGGCGGCAACCUGCUCAUGGCUGGGGUGGGCUUCUCUUUCAUCUUCGUCUGGGUGCUGAUGGGCAUCGUGACCACCUUGUUUGUUGUUGGUGGCAACGUGGAGAAGAUGAUGUGCGAACCGCUCGCUAACCGACAGCUGUUCAAGAUCAUAGACACACCAUUCCUGGUUCAUCCUGCCAAGAAGAACUUCCUUCCAGGGAUGCUGUUUCAGAAUCCCAACAUUGACUUGACUUUGGGAAGCAUGUACAGGGACUGCUAUGAGAACAACGGUCUGUACCAUUCUCUGCAACUGGAGACCAUGUUCAACAUCAACUCCUUCCUCAACAGAACUGUGUACAACAGGGAUCUGGCCAAAGUGUUUGAGAGUGUGCAGGUCGACUUGCACGACAUCACGCUGCUUGAGCAGGCCGGCAGAGACAGCCUCAUCAACUUUGCCAACUCUGGAGUUGGAAAUAUCGACUAUGAAGCCUACCUGGCUGAGGUCACUAAGGGAGUCACUCUGGUGGAUCUCCUCUCCUUCUCGACUGACCUGGAGGCUCAGGCCGACCAAACGCCACGUGGUGCUCUGGAGAACGCACUGAAAGGACACGCCAGCAGUAUCAGACAGAUUCACAGAGAACAUGUGGUUCCCAUGGAGCAAGCAAUGAAAUAUGUCAAAGCGCGGAGUACACUGAGCCAGAGUAUCAAGCAGCUGCAGAGGAUGUCCAGCGACCUGCCGGUCAAGGUUACGAAUAUCCUGAGUGCCAUCGAUGCAGCAGAGUACCUCAUCACUCAUAACGCCUCCCAUGUGGUGAAACAGGAAACAAAAGGCUACACACAGAGCUUGGUGGGAUACUUCAAACAGUAUACAGAAUGGGUAAAGAACUCGUUGACUUCAGAGGUGGCCCAGUGUAAACCCAUCAGUAACAUUGUGGACAGCAUGGAGAUAGUAGCGUGCAGCUUCGUAGUCGACUCAGUGAACACAUUCUGGUUUGGACUGGGAGGCUGCUGUAUCCUCCUGAUUCCCAGUAUCAUCUUCUCCAUCAAACUGGCCAAGUAUUACAGGAGGAUGGACACAGAGGACGUCUUUGAAGAUAUGGGUAAUACAGGUAAUCAUGGUGAACAAGUGUGCGAUAUCCACGGAGACCUCGCUGUGGUCAGCUCUCCCUAUUGUGACACCCUGACCCGGUUCCCUCGGGCCUCUGCUCCACCGAGCUACGCCGACUGGUGACCCAAAAGGAACUCGUCGAUGAGUGGACAAGAGAACUGGAACUGAUAUUUCCCUCGUGGAUCUCUGAACUUUCCAGCUUUCCCAUCCAGUUCUUGUAACACUUUCAAGGACCAAAGGGAAGAACAACCAGGAACUGUGUGGUGAGGGAGUCCCACUCCCCGUUACCCCUUCAAGCCAUUUGGCAAGGACCUCAAAUGCCAGCCAACUAUAAUUUAUCUAGUAUUUUCUCAUACACGUUCAUCACGAGCAUCAGCAGUCCUCCUAGUGUGUCGUACUGUACAUCAUCAACUCUAAGAGCAAUAUUCCCGCAAUAGCUACUUUUACCUGUAGAGAAUACAGUUGUUUGUACUUCAGUUAUCAGUUUCUAACAUGGUGACACAUAUGUACAUUUUUUACGCUUUCAAAACUUUUGAAAGUUUUAUAUAUUUUUUUGUUGAUGUUUGUUUUAUAACACAUAAGUAGGAUUUUUUUUAGAAAUAGUCUGACAUUUUGGGGAAAUGCCCUUGUUUGCUGAAGAUACAACUCUUGUGUCUUUUUGUUGAAUACCAGCCUGUUAGCUAGGUUUAGCAUAAAGACAAAAACAAAGUGUAGCAAAUCAAAAUUUUGACCUGAUGAUCUCACCAGAUGAAAAGUCAGGUGAUCACCAAAGUUAUUAGAAUUCAUCCCCAGGACACCGUAAAUCCACCGUAAAUCCACCGUAAAUCCAUCCCAUAGUAGUCUUGAUAUGUAACUGAAAGCCAAAAAUUAUAAACAAAAUGUCCGGGGAUCCACCAAAGUCCUUAAGAUUCAUCCUCUGGGGACCAUAAAUGUCUGUAGAAAAUGUCAUUCAAUCAAUAUUGCCAUCCAUAGAGCCACUAGCAUGGCUGAAAACGACAAUUUACAUGGAGUUAUGCGCUGGACUAUUUCUUAACUGGACUUCUUAUCGGCAUUUUUAUACUUUUUAUUUUUAUUUUUUAUUUUAACAAUUAAACAAACAAGAUAAAUCCUUGUUUAUUGGUGAGCGUUAGAGCUGGUGGUUCGUGGUUUUUGUUCCCUUUGGUCUGAGCCACUCUUUUUCUGUUUCCAGGCUUUAUGCUAAGCUAACUGUUGAUAUGCUGUAGCUUUAUUGUUAGCAUACAGACAAUGAUCGACCUUUUUAGCAAACUUUCAACAAGUAAACGAAAGAGAAAUAUUUCCCAAAAUGUCAAACUAUUCAUUUAAACAUUGAAGAAGGAAACUAACGAUGUGGCAGAGGCAAAGUGUUACUAGCUAUUCAACACACACAUAAGCUACAUACACAUACCCUUACCAGGUUUUAAGACAGCUGACAAACCAGAUAUUGUGUCUUAGGCAUUUCUCGCCAGACCAUUAGUGACAAAUAGUGACUUGUACUUGUGAGAGGGGUUUUUUUCUUCACCAUCCUUUGAUUUGAAAAAUAAAACUCCCAGAGGCCUCUGUGGUGGCAGACGAACGUACACACAUACAAAAAUGAUAACACAGCUGAAGUUUGUGGUGAGGGCACAAAUCUGUGAAUAAAAACUUCAGUCUGA